CACACACACACAAAGACGCUGAGGUGUCCCCAAGCAAAGGUAGCAGCUGUUCCCAGCAUCGCGUUGCAUUGUUUUGAGAGAGAAAUAUCAAAUAUCCGAAAAGUUCCCCUAAACAUUAGAAGAGGUGCCGCUCGAGAUGGGACGCAUCCGUGCGCGCACACACACACACACACACACACACACACACACACACACAGAGAACAAAGUAAGCUGACGGUGAAUGCUAUGGUGUGUCUUACGUCCUGAAGAGACUUGUAGUAGCCACCUAAUGAAUGACGACUGAUCAAUGCUCUGGCCGUCGUCACACACGCAGGAUCAAAUGUCCUGAGCCGGUCUUUGUUGAGUUUUGUUACAGAUGUCAUGAUAUCUAAGCUAAUGUCCACCUGUGGACGUCUGGAUACAAGUCUCUCUCCUACAGAGAGGGAGAUUUAUAUCUCUCUUACUUUCUUCUGCACCUCUUUUUCUCGCUGGCCUCUCGCUGCUGCCCCCUUUUCUCUCUCUCUGUGUGUGUGUGUGUGUGUUCUUACGCAACCAGCUCAUAAAUAGAAAAUGGAUGUGUCACUCAAUUACUGUAUUUACUCUGGAAAUGGACUAGAUGGACUCCCGCGGGCCAAAGUUAACACCGGAGCCCACACAGGAUUUUUUUAAGCCUCCUUCCAUUAACGCUUUUUCAAAACACGGUGACUCAUUCAGCCGCAAAGGUGGAUGGUGUGGUGUUUUGUUCUGCCCAACAAUCAAUAUAUCUUUGUCAAAUGCGCCGACAUGUGUGUAGGAUGCAACGGUGAGGAAGGACGGAUGGAAAAUCGGGAAGGAAACGACUGAAGAUGGUCAUCCAGUGUUUUCCCAAGAGGCAGGCAGCAGGUUUUGACUCUCUGUUUUCUUUUCUCGACGUGUUCCGUUGUCAAAGUGCUGGUGACAGGGCGAGGAGCACGGACCUUUGAGGCUCGGCCCUCCAGCUGUGCCGAUGUGUUUCUUGUUGUUUUAGCUGCUGCUGGAGUUAAAUCAGUCCCGAUUCUGGAUCUCUUCCUGGUCUGCGCUCCGCUUUGCCCCGUUCCUCAGCCAGGUGGUUCCUGUUCUCUGCUUUGUUCUAUGCCACUUUGGCAGCCGCGGACACCGUGGCUCUCAGAAAGCCACCAACCAUCUCCAGGGCCUGUGGCCUGUUUACUGAUUCAUGGCCGGUAUCAAAUAAAGGUAAAAGAUGGCCCAAAACAAAACUUCAAGAAAGCAAAAACUGAUUAUGAAUUGGAGGAAGAGAUAUUCUAUUGUCAGGAGUUCAUGGGGCGGCCAUAGCGCUUCAUGAAUAAUCUUUUGCAUAUGCUAAACAUGUUUUUUUAUAUGUAGAGAGGGAGAAAUAUAUUCAUACGCAUCAGAAUGUCCCCUUCAAAUGUGUCCCGGUGCAGAGAUUCGAGAUCGGCAAGUGUGAAAUUCAUCAGCCAGACCUCCGCAUAAACAUGGUUUCAGGCCGAGGUCUGAAACCUCAGCUGGUUUCAGCUUCACAGACCUCUGCUGCCUAAAAGACAAGACGCUAAUCCUCUCGGCGUGGGAUCCAGGCUCAUUAUAAACACACCGCCACUCUCGUCGCGAGAGGGCCCGUCGCCGGCUGAACUGUGACCCAUUUUGGGUGCGCCCCCCCCCCCCCGUCUUUUAAGACACCGGGGCACUACAGGGUCUAUUAUUAUUCCACUUCCUGGGAACCAAACAUGAGCGCAGCGCUCGCCUCUCGUGUGCGAGCCAGGCCGACGGAGCCGGGGCUUGAAUCAGCUGCUGAAUAAAAGCCCCCGUGUGUUCUUUGGUUUCAAUGGACUAAACUUUUUGGAGCUUAGCAGCACAUUGGUGUGUGUGUGUGUGUGUGUGUGUGUGUAGUUAGGGGGUGGGAGGGGUUCAGGAUACAGACAAUAGGGAGUAUGUCCUGCAGUUUGAACAAUCACACCCAAACUUCCACUUUACUUAAAUCAGCAAAAGGCUAUUUCCCGCCCUUAACCUCUCUUUGCCUUUUACUUCCUCUCUCUCUCUCUCUCUCUCUCUUCUGUUUCAUUGAUUCGGCACCAUCACUUUCCACCUUUUCAAUCUUCCCAUCCCUCUCAGAUCCGUCUCGGGCGUCAGCUCCUGUCUGCUGUCGUUCUCCACCUGCCCACCAGAUGCCCCUGGACUUUUCCCCUUCUCCCACGUCCACUCGUCUCCCGCGUUGCCGAUCACUCACUGGAACUUCCCUACGGAGCGUCCCCACCAUUUCCCGCAUGUUCUCCCCUCUUUUUUUCAUUUACACUUGCCCCCUUUUUCCCCAGCGAGUGGCCGUAAUAUUGUUCGCCGUGUCUCACUGUGGUGCCCUUGCAGUGCGCUGAUUGUAUUGUAGACUUAUUAUUAUUAUGCAUGCUUCCAGUGCUCUGGGUUACUUGCCUGGCCUGUAAAGCCUGGUCUAUAGCACUGGCUUUGACACUGUACUUUCACUCCCCCUCUGUCUCUUUCUGCAUGUUGUGACACCUCCACCAUGUGUCGAUGCGUGGUACUGAGCAGUACAUCAGCCGGCCCUCCUCAGGGGAGGAGGACCAGAGAGGGUGGAGCUCUACCUCACUGCUCUCAGCUCACAGGUACAUUUUUUUUUUUUUUUUUUUGGAGAGGCUGCCAUCCGAAGCCGGCAAAGCCAGGAGAGGCCGCCUGCAAGUUAUCACGUGUAGCUGCUCUGGGAAGGCGUUGGACGGUGUCAGUCAGGUAGCCAGAUGUUGCUCUCGACUGAGUGCAAGUUAGAUUAUGAAGGCCGGACUGAGGAUGGGGAGUUUUGUGGCUGAUUUCUUUCUGCUCCUGCUGGUUUCCACAGGACAAGUUCACGGAGUGUCAUUCUAUGGUGAUGGCUACAUCCACCUGCGUACAGUGGAGGCAUCCGUUCAGACCUUGCUCCGUGUCCGAUUUCGAACCUCCAGUCAGGCGGGGCUGCUGUUUUUGGCAGCAGGACACAGAGACUUCUUGCUGCUGGAGCUGAUCUCUGGGCGUCUGCAGGUACGUCUUGACCUGGGUUCAGGUGAACGUUUAUUACCUUCAGAAAAGAGCAUUCACCUUAGUGACCUGGGGUGGCACUCAAUGGAACUGACCCAUGACCGUCAUAAUGUCACAAUGACCGUGGACCAAAAGUCUCACACCGGCCUCCAUAUGCCAGGUCCAGAUCUGGAGCUCAGUGUGGAGGAUGGACUCUUUGUCGGCGGAGCAGCUGGUCUGAGCCACCCCUACCUUCUCAACAUCUCCAGCGGGUUUAGAGGUUGUGUGGAUGAAGUGGUGUUCAAUGAGCAUAACCUGCUCUCCAGCCUAAGGCCAUAUUCUGGGUACAAGAGUGUCCACGAGGUGUCUCUGGGCUGCAAUCUGCAGUUUUCUGCGACAGAAGAAGACCCUGUGAGUUUUUUCAGCUCCAAGGCCUUCAUCUCACUCCCACCGUGGGAGGUGCCGCAGGAGGGAGCGUUCGAAUGUGAACUUCACCCAUCUGCAAGAGAAGAAGACGGCAUGGUGCUAUACAGCUCUGGCUACCAGGGAUGGUUUGUUGCCAUAGAGAUCACAGAUGGUCACCUGGUGGUGACAAUAGGAAAUGGAGAGGGGAGUAAAACUGAGCUGCGUUCUCUAACUCAUGUCCACGGCAACCACACCUGGUACCCCAUACAGCUGCACCUGCUACCCCACAGCGUCCAGCUGAAGGUAGACAAGGAGGUGAUCAAGGCCAACCUGAGUCUGGAGCUCCAAGUUAUUCAGCUCAAAGGGCCUCUUUUCCUGGGAGGGCUGGACGAAGAAGCGCGAGAAGAGGCGCGGCAAGCUGGAUUGCUUUCUGCCUCGUCUGGAGGAGGAGGAGGAGGCUCAUUUAAAGGCUGCCUCCGAGAAAUUAGGGUGAACACUCAAAGAACGGGCCUCCCGCAUGCGGCCGUCACCAAGGACAUCGCUGUGGGCUGUAGGGCAGGUCAAGCCAUUGAGAUGGUGACCAGCACCAGCCCGACAGACCCUCCUGAGUUUGAUAUUACAACCACAAAACCAAUUAGCAACAAUAAGAAGAACCCUAACUUUUUGUCGCUGAGGAAGCUUGAGGUAGCAGAGGGAGGCCGGGCGCCCUUGGAGCCCAAGCACAUCAAGGUCAAUCUCAAUUUUCGCAAAUUGGGCAUCCAUCCCUCCCAGUUAAUGUUCCGCAUUGAGGAGCAGCCUGUUCACGGCCAGCUCCGGCUGGAUCUCAGUCCAGACCCUGACGGGACGCCGGAUGAGGGGCAAUCGAUCACAAUAGGAGCCGAGGAGAAGGACAGGACUUUCAGUAUGCUCGACCUGUGGCAGGGCCGUGUGAUGUAUGUUCACAGCGGGUCGGAGGACCAGAAUGACUUCUUCGUGUUUUCAGUCUACUCCAGUAAGAAGGAGCUUCCUGUGUUUCUGAAGGGCAAACGUCUGCACCGGUUUGAUGUCGGCAUCACUCCUGUUAAUGAUGCACCCGUGCUCAGCCUGCCGGAGGGAAACCUUUUUACUCUGUUAGAGAAGUCCAAACGGCAGCUGACAACAGAUGUGUUGAGAGUGUCGGACCCUGACAGCAAUCCUGCAGAGCUGGUGUUCAGCUCACUUGGAGACCUCAAUACUGAGGCCGGAUACCUUGAGCAUGAGGAUUACCCUGAUAGAGCCAUUAACUUGUUCUCCCUUAAUGAUCUGGAGGAGGGAAAGAUCAGCUUUGUCCACACUGGGGUCCCCACCAUCAGACUACCACUCAGGGUCAGCGAUGGGCAGAAGUCAAGCAACACAGUCGUUUUGCGUAUCAUGGCAGUGGCGCUCGAACACAAUCUGGUGAACAACACGGGAUUGGAGGUGAACCAAGGCGAGGCCUCCAUCAUCACCGCCAAUCAUCUCGCAGUACAAGUAAACGUGGCUGAUCAGACAGUGGACAUCCGAUAUGACGUGACAGAGUCGCCUCGAUAUGGUGAGCUCCAGCGGUUGCACUCGAGCGGCGACUGGAAAGUGACGACCUCGUUCUCUCAAAAACUUCUAGAAAAAGAACGGCUCCGGUACCUCAGCACUUACCAUGGCCUCCAGACCCAGAACAACAUCACUGAUCAGUUCAAAUUUGAUGUCACCAUCGGUUCCCUGGCUGCAGAGGAGGUCGUUUUCCCCAUCGUGGUACGUUGGAUCCACUUCAAGGUCACACGAAGUAAGAUGGAGCUCAACGGUGUUCAGUCCGCUUUUGUCACUCCUGAGAACCUCCAUGUCGUGUCAAAGGGUGUCAGACUCAACGAGAGCCACCUCUACUUCAGGCUCCUUACAGUCCCAAAGAAAGGUCGACUAUUCUUCGACGGCAAAGUUCUACAAAAGAACUCGACCUUUAGCCAGAAGAAUAUCACAGAUGGUUUAGUGAAGUACGAGCUGCUCAACAGGCUCCUCGAUGACACCAGAGACACGUUCAGCUUUCAGGUCUUUUCGACACACGCCGACUCGACAAGCUACUACUUCAGGAUCAACAUCAAAACUAAGUCAACAGCCGUCGCUGUUGUGAACGAAGGGCUUUCGAUACUGGAAGGAGGGAGCAAAGUCAUCACCAAAGACAUCCUGUUCACUCACACGGCAAGUAACCGGGAAGUCCAGUACAACAUCACGGGGAGGCCCGCGCAUGGACAGAUAAGAAGGAUCAAUCUCUCCAACUCAACUUCCAUUGACGACAACAUUGUGAUCUUCACAAAUCAGGAUAUCAUGGAGGAGAGGAUCAUGUACGUUCACGAUGACAGCGAAACCAGGCAGGAUUCUUUCUCAUUUCAAAUCAUGGUUUAUAAACCGCACAGACACCCGAGCACGAAGGAUGACAGAAACACGGCCGAGCGCACCUUUAAUAUUUCUGUGCAGCUCGUCAACGAUCAGCGACCCGUCAGGGUCGUCAAUAAAGUCUUCCACGUGGCCCGCGACGGCCAGAGGUUGGUGACGUUGAGUGACCUUCGCUACAGCGACGACGAUUCUGACUUUGAGGACAACUGGUUGGUGUACACACGAAGGGGGAUUCCCAUGGGAGAGCUGGUGCUGGCCAGUGAACCCAGUCACAAGCUGUACGAGUUUACGCAGCGGGACCUUGAUCAGAAAAAGGUGUUGUUUGUCCACAGAGGAGUGAGUUUGGGGCGUUUUGUGCUUUUCGUAUCAGAUGGAAAACAUUAUGUUUCAACACUGCUGGAGGUGAUGGCCCAGGAUCCUUACCUGCAAGUGGAGAACAACACCGGCCUCUUGGUCCAGCGAGGGGGGAUGGCGACCCUGACCUCUGUUGACCUCAGCGUCUUCAGCAACCUCGACAUCCGAGAGCCACAGGAACUGACAUUUGAGGUCUUCCUUCCACCCAAGCACGGUGUCCUCUGCUUCAAUGAUGGGGAUUGUGACACUGCGAAAGAUGCGGAUGCAAUUUCAAUAUUCACCCAGCGGGAUCUGGUGGCGGGGCGCCUGGUGUAUCACCACGACGGCAGUCACGAGUUGUCAGAUGGAUUCAAUGUGACGGCAAGAGCAAAGGAGAAGAGCACAGAGGGGCAACUGGGCAGAGGGAGGAGGGAGGUGCAUCUGGACGUCGGAGUGUCGGUGAAAAUCUACCUGGAGAGUCACCAGAGGCAGCCGACGGUCAUAUGUAACCGUCCAGUGGUGGUGGCGGAGGGACAGAACAUCUCCAUUAGCAGGGAACGUUUAGAGGUGAUGCAUGAGGACAGUCAGCCCUCAGAGAUAAUCUUUACCGUCCAAAGUCCUCCCACGCUGGGCUUUCUUCAGAGGUCCUCCCCCCUCAACAAGUACCAGAACAACAAAGGAGAACGGCGUCUCUAUCAGGGCAGCAGAGAGCAGCAGACGACCUCCUUUUCCCAGGACGACGUGAACCAGGGAUUGAUCGUCUAUCACCAGCAGGCCGCAGGAGGCACCAAUGACUCUGCUCUGCUGGAGGCAACCAACGGGGUCACGAAGGUCGGACCUAUCGAGCUGGAGAUUGAUAUCAUUCCUAUCCUGCUCCCUCUCCAGGUGUCUGACUUGACCCUUGAUGAGGGGUCAUCCCUGCCCCUGACUCCUGGCGUCAUCCAGGUCACCAAUCAUCACUUCUCGGGCAUGAACUUCCUGUAUCAAGUCAUUGUUCCACCACGACACGGACACUUGGAACACAGCCGGAUACCGGGGAUGCCCAUCACUGCUUUCACACACACCGAGGUGGAGCGCGAGUACAUCUCUUACAUCCACGACGGCAGCGACACCAAGAGCGACAACUUCACCAUCGUGGCCAAUCAGACAGAAAUCGGCAAGCACAGUUUGCCCUGCACCGUACACAUCAGUGUUAUACCGGUCAACGACGAGACUCCCGUCGUUACAAGCAACCGGGGUCUGAAGGUGUGGAUGGGUUCGGUGACGGAAAUCACCACGGACGACCUCAGUGCGGAGGACUCUGACACUCCGUCUGACGGGCUGGAGUUCAUCGUCACACCGCCCAGCAACGGCCACCUGGCCCUGAAGGCCGCCCCCUCCAGACACAUCCUGAACUUCACCCAGGACCACAUCCAAAGUGGACAGCUGGUGUUUGUGCACAGUGGUGCAUUGGCGGGCGGCUUUCACUUCCAGGUGAACGACGGCAUUAACUUCGCCCCUCGUCAGAUCUUCAGCACGACCGCCCACUCUCUGGUCCUCGCUCUGCAGAGCAACCGUCCACUGGAGGUCUACCCAGGCUCCGUGACACCGAUAUCUGAGCGGGAGCUUCAGGGUGUAACCAACGACGUCAGCGAUAUCAGGCGGAACCACUCGGUGGAGUUUGCAGUGACCUCUCCUCCUAGACUCGGCCGCCUGCUCCGACGUUUGCCUGAUAACUCGACACAAAACAUUUCUACGUUCACCCAAAGCAUGGUGAACGACGGCGUCAUCCUGUAUGACCAGAACAAGCCGGCGUCGGUGGGAUGGUCGGCUGCGGACUCUUUCUCUUUCACCGUGUCCUCUCCUCCCGCUUUCCUCCCUCCGCACAACUUCAGCAUCUUAAUCUCCUACCUGGCCAACGCACAUCACGACAAUCCUCCACACAAGAGCAGGCUGCUGAACAAUGCAGGUGCUGUGGUGGCAGAGGGAGGCAGAGUUACGAUUGACAGGUCCAAACUGGACGCCUCCAAUCUCCUGGUGAAGGUCCCAGAGUCCCACCGGAAGGACCACCACAUCCUGUACCGCGUGAUCUCUCUGCCACGCCACGGGGCUCUGUCUAUGCUCGGACAUAAUCUCACCAGAGACCAACCCGAUUUCUCACAGAUCACGCUGAAUAAGUUCGGCAUCACAUACAUCCACGACGACUCUGAGACGACGAGCGACAGCUUCACUUUCCGGGCUUGGGUGGCUCCUUUGGAUCUCUCCUCCUCUUCCUCCUCCUCCUCCUCAUCCCCCUCAUCCUCCCUGUCUGCUUUUUCCUCCUCUUCCUCCUCCUCUUCCUCCUCCUCCUCCUUCCCCCCUCUCUAUUUGGCCUCAUCCUCCUCCUUAUCGCCGUCAGACACGGUUUCUCGUCGCCGGGUCAAGGACGGCCUGGCGGUGACGGAGACGUUCAACAUCACGGUGACACCGGUCAACGACCAGCCGCCACUCAUCCGGAGCGGAGCUCCGAGUGUGAAGGUGGUCGUCGGAGAGAGAGUCGUGCUCGGCCCAGACAAUCUGCAGGUUGAGGAUCAUGACACGCCUCCAGAGGAGCUGCACUACCUUGUGAUCAGUAAGCCCAACAACGGCUACCUGACGCUGGGGGAAAGACCGGAGCCUGUGACCUCGUUCACCCAGUACGACGUCAACCACGGCCGGCUGCAUUUAAUACAGCAGGGUGAGCCCUUGACGGGAGUUUUCUACUUCAAUGUAACCGACGGUGUUCACCGCCCCCUCUACAAACUGUUCAGUUUGGAGGUGGUGAAGCCUUCUGUUACCAUGGCGAACAACACUGGCCUGUCGUUGGUUCAAGGCCGGACCGCUGUGGUCCUGACAACCCACCAGCUGGCGGCUCAGACCAACGGCCGCAGCCCGGCCAACAUCACCUACGCGGUCACCGCGCACCCUCGCCACGGACGCAUCGCCAUCAACGACCAGGAGGUCGCGACCUUCCGCCACGAGGACCUGCGGUUCGGUCGCGUCGUCUACCACAUGACUGACCUCAGCGAAUCGGAGGACGUCUUCCAAAUAUCGGUGUCAGCCUCGUCGCCCGGUGUUGAUUAUGGAAACGUUACGGCGCAGACGGUGAAGGUAACUGUGCGGCCUCUGGUCUACCUGAGGGAGCCGGUCAGAGUGCCCAGUGGCAUCGCCGUGAAACUGGGGAAAGCCAUGAUCGACGCCUCCGAGCUGGCGAGGAUCAGCCGCGCCGACCCGGUCUUUGAGGUUCUGUCUCCACCAAAGCAUGGAAAACUGGUCAAGAUGACCUAUGACCCUAACCGAGCGUCAGAGGUCCUGAAGUCGUUCACGUUCAGAGAUGUGGUGCAAGGCCGAGUCGCCAUCGAGGAGACUCUUAGCGACGGCGACAACCUGCUCCGCGAUAACGAAUCGGCGCUCGCGACAGCGCGAGGCCACGCCCCCGCCAGACCUCUGAAUGAUUCUUUCAUCUUCCUAGUGAAGGCGGGAAAUGUCCAACCGGCGAAGGGUGAGCUUCACUUCACCAUCCUACCUCACCACCAGAUGCAUCAUGGUCCGAGUGGUUUGGAUAAAGCGGAUGAUGCAAGUGGCAAACACACUACAGCCCGUCUGCCGCCACACAACAGGACCACAACAGGAGGCGGGAGGGGAGGUGGACGAGGGGGAUCCACGACGCACAGCGGAGGGGCCGAGGUGGACCUGCACCCUCACAUUUUGUCCCAUAAAAACCAAAACAGGACACAGAACAGGCCGCGGCCUCACAGCCGCUGGGGGAACCACACGCGCAGUGGCAGUCAUGGAGGAAGAUCAGGCGGCGCUGCAGAGGGAGCUGGAGGGGGUCAGAGUCAUGCUCCGCAGCCCCACGCUCCCGUCGCCUCUGACAAACACGGUCCCGUGAGCCCCCCUGACACCAGCCUGGUUCACGUCGAGGUCCUCCCUCGACCGGCCGCCGACCCCCUCCUCAUUAUCCUGCCGCUUCUGGCCUGUUUGCUCCUCAUCAUUAUUCUUGUGGUCUUGAUUCUGGUGUUCCGCCACCGAAAGGAGAAACAGGCCCGGCUGCGGCUCAUCCAGGAGCUGGCUGCGCUGCCGUUACCCACCGAGGACAGCCCCUACCUGGGUCGGCCGGAGCGGAGCGUGGCCAUGCCAUCUGUGGUGGUCACCCCUCUUGGCCCCGCGAGCUGCCCUGCCUCGCCAAGGAUACCCCUGAGUCCCCGGAGGAGGAGGAGGAGUCUGGCCCCUGGAAUGACCUUCUGGGGGCCAUUCGAAGCUGAUGGAGCAGGUGGCAUUAGAAAUAUUAGAGGUGGAGCCAGUAAUGACAGAGAUAAUGUGAUUUGUGGUAAUACGCUGCCAGCUGCUACUUCAGGAUUCAGGACCUCUGUGAGAUCUAGGUCCCCUUCUCUUAAGGACAACCAGUACUGGGUUUGAUGCCGGCGAUUGCGAGAAGAACUGUGCCUUAGAGGUGUAUUUUUGGUGGUAACGGUAUAAAUGGCAUAUUUCUAUGGUAUUUCUGUGGUUCUGGUUCUUUUUUUUUAAAAAGGAUCAAAAUAGGCAGAUUUGAUGAAGAAAUUGCACAAAAUGUUGUAGUAGUAACAUGACUGACAAAGUGUUAUUUCAUGUGUAAAACAUUGUACAGCUAUGUAGGAGGUAUUAUUCAGGGUAAGCAGAGUCAAUUGUUACUGCUUAGGCUGCUGUUU